UAUCUAGUCGGGCAAAAUGGCAAGUCCGAGCAAAAAGGCAAAAAAACGAUCAUCACCAAGGUGUUUAAUGAUCCCAUCCAUGGUAGCAUAGAGUUACACCCACUCCUCAUCAAGAUCAUUGACACACCUCAGUUCCAGAGACUUCGAUUCAUAAAGCAGCUUGGAGGUGUCUACUUUGUUUACCCUGGAGCGUCUCACAACCGCUUUGAACACUCGAUCGGGGUGGGAUACUUAGCAGGAAAACUUGCUGAGGCUCUCAGGUCAAGGCAGCCGGAACUCAACAUCACUGAAAGAGACGUCCUUUGUGUUCAGAUUGCUGGCCUCUGUCAUGACCUGGGUCAUGGACCCUUUUCCCAUCUGUAUGAUGGACUGUUCCUCCCCAAAGCACUGGAAAAAAAGAGGAAAUUAAAGAAAUGGAAGCAUGAAAAUGGCUCUUGUGACAUGCUAGACCACCUGCUGAAAGAGAAUAAUCUUGAACCAGUGAUGGAGAAGUAUGGACUGAAACCUGAAGACGACAUAACAUUCAUUAAGGAGAUGAUUGCUGGACCUCUACAGGAAUCUAAAGAGCAGGAGUGGGACUUCAAAGGGCGCCCAGAAGAAAAGUUCUUCCUCUACGAAAUUGUGUCCAACAAAAGAAACGGCGUUGAUGUGGACAAGUUUGACUACUUGGCCAGGGACUCUUUAUACCUGGGAAUCAAGAACACCUUUGACUUUCAUCGCUUCCUGCAGUUUGCCAGAGUGUGUGAGGUUGAUGGAAGGAAAACUAUCUGCACCAGAGACAUAGAGGAGGACAAUAUGUACGACUUGUUCUACAUAAGACACCGUCUCCACAAAAGAGCCUAUCAGCACAGAGUAAACAAAGUAAUUGAACAUAUGAUUGCAGAGGCUUUUUUGAAAGCAGACGGUCACAUUGAGAUUGAAGGAUCAGGAGGGAGGAUGUUCACUCUCUCUACAGCAAAUGAGGACAUGGAGGCCUACACAAAGCUCACAGACAACGUGUUUGAGGAAAUACUGAAGUCUUCCCGUCCUGAGUUACAAGAGGCAAGAGAGAUUCUGCAAAACAUUGUCUCUCGAAAGAUCUACAAGUUUGUUGGUGAGACAAAGCCAAAGAAGACCAUCAAGGAUUGGAAA